AUGCGCUUACAAACGGCCGCGGAUGCGGUCAGGUGCAAGACCUUCCCGAUGUUCCUAGAAGGAAGGGCUCGGCAGUGGUUCCAGGGACUUCCCCCCAGGUCGAUCAGCUCUUUCACCCAGCUCGCGCGACUGUUCUCAGCACAGUUCGUUUCCUCACGAGCCUUCUCUAAAAGCACCGCUCACCUUAUGACCAUCCAACAAAGGGUCGAGGAAUCACUGCGUGAAUACAUGGUGCGGUUUAAUAACGAAUCCCUCCAGGUCCGCGACCGAGACGACAAGGUGGUCAUGGCUGCCUUCAUUAACGGGCUACGGAAGCAGAAGUUAUACACCGAGCUCGUGGAGAAACCGCCCAAGUCAGUUCGGGAGAUGCUGGAUCGAGCUCAUGAGAAAGCCAAUGCUGAAGAAGCCAAUCGCUUGAAGAGCGCUCAGGAGAGGCAGAGGGAUGACAAGCGCCGAAGGAUAACCGACCAAGGGGACGCGCGACGUGACCAAGGGCGGAAGACUACUUAUGACCACCCGCCUAGAAGUCGGCCCUUAGGGGGGGACAAGCCUUGGACUUCCCUCACGGCCCCCAGGGCUCGGGUCCUUGCAGUAAUGGAGCAGCAGGGACUCUCCCGACCCUUGGCCGGAGACAAAAGCAGACGGGAUCAGGACCUGUACUGCGCUUACCACCGAGACGUCGGACAUGAUAUUGAGGACUGCCGACACCUCAAGAAGGAGAUCGAAAAGCUGAUACGAAGGGGCCAUCUCUGGCAGUUCGUCCGUGACGGACGGGCAGAUCAGAGGCCAGGGGGGUUCAAGCGAGACCGGGCUACCAGCUCGCACGACCGACCUCGAGGUCCCCGUGAUCGGACUCCGGAGCAGGGGGUUCAGAACCUAGCCGGGGUGAUCAACACCAUCGCAGGGGGACCUGCAGGGGGAGAUAGCCAUACGGCCCGGCAGAACAAUCGGCCUCCCCCCAGCGGGGAGAGCUCGAAUAAACGUUUGAAGAUGUACGAGGAGAUCGUCUAUGGACCAGAGGACGCGGUACCUUUAGCCUCCAACAACCAUGAGGCAAUUGUGAUAGAGGUCAUCACGUGCAACUACAAAGUAAAGAAGGUAUACAUCGACAACGGGAGCGCCAUCGACGUGCUGUACUGCAAAACUUUUAAAGAGCUGCAGCUGGAGGACAAGCAGCUCAUCCCAGUUCGUACUCCGCUGAUAGGAUUUGCAGGUCCGCCCGUAAGACCAGAGGGAAUGAUAACUCUCACGGUCACUAUUAGGGAAUCACCGAAGUGCCGAACUAUUCCGGUGAACUUCGCAGUGGUAAAGGAGCCGUCCUCCUACAACAUGAUACUAGGGCGUCCAACCUUAAAUGCACUCCGAGCUGUCUGCUCGACUUUGCACCUCAGCAUGAAGUUUCCAACGUCUGAUGGGGUGGCCGAGGUGCUGGGAGACCCGGAGGUAGCACGAGCCUGCUAUAUCGCAACCCUCAAGGGUAAGGAGAAGCUGGUGGCGCAGACAGUCCUUCUGGAGCCCUGGGAGCCUAUUGAGAAGGAGGAGAGGUUGGAGACGGACGAGAGUCUGGUUGAAGUACCCAUUUGCCUAGAGCGACCUGAUCGGGUGGUCAGGGUCGGAUCGGGCCUAAACGAGCUAGCGCGGAGAGCUCUGGAGUCCCUUCUGGAGGAGUACGAAGAGAUCUUUGCUUGGAGUGCAGACGAUAUGCCCGGUGUCCCUCCCGAGCUGGCAGUCCAUAAGUUGCACGUGGACCCAAACGCUCGACCAGUAAAGCAAAAGAAAAGGAAUUUCGCGCCUGAACGGAAUGAGGUCGUCAAGGAGGAGGUCGGCAAGCUGUUGGAGGCCAAAAUUGUGAAAGAGAUCUACUACCCGACCUGGCUAGCCAACCCAGUGCUGGUGAAAAAGGAGGACAGGGCGUGGCGGAUGUGCGUAGACUUCACCGACCUGAAUAAAGCCUGUCCCAAGGACUGUUACCCCCUCCCUCGCAUCGAUCAGCUGGUCGAUUCGACUACUGGCUGCGAGAUUUUCUGCUUUCUGGACGCCUUCAAAGGGUAUCACCAGAUAGCCCUGGACGAGGAGGAUAAAGAGAAGACUGCCUUCAUCACCGAGUACGGUACGUACUGCUAUACCACCAUGCCAUUCGGAUUGAAGAACGCCGGCGCGACCUAUCAACGGCUGGUCAACAAGUUAUUCAAGAACCAGAUCGGCCGCAACAUGGAGGUAUACGUUGAUGACAUGCUGGUAAAAAGCCGAACUCAGGAGCAGUUCGUCAACGACCUCAGAGAGAUCUUUGACGUCCUACGGAGCUCGCGCAUGCGGCUGAACCCUAAGAAGUGCACUUUCGGGGUUAGGUCGGGCAAGUUCUUGGGGUACAUGAUAUCCAAGGACGGGGUAAGAGCUAAUCCCGACAAGGUAAAAGCUAUCAUGGACAUGGCUCCUCCCCGAAACAUAAAAGAGGUCCAACGGCUAGCUGGCAGGAUGGCGGCCCUGAGCAGGUUCUUGUCAAAAUCUGCAGUUCGGGGUUCCCCCUUCUUCAGGGCCCUGCGAAGAGGUCCCCAGUUUGAGUGGACCCCCGAGUGCCAGCGAGCAUUCGACGAGCUAAAAGCCCACAUCGUUCGGUUGCCAGCCUUGACCUCUCCCGCACACGGAGAGAUCUUAUUUAUCUAUUUGGCAGUAGGGGAGGAGGCAAUCAGUGCGGUGCUAGUUCGGGAAGAAGGCAAGGUCCAGAAGCCCGUAUACUAUGUCAGCCGAGCCCUGCAGGGCGCAGAGCCAAGGUACACCUCGAUUGAGCGGUAUGUUUUGGCAUUAGUUCACGCGGCUCGGAAGCUUAGGUCGUAUUUUCAAGCCCACCCCGUGGUGGUUAUGACCGACCAGCCGCUCAAACAAAUUCUUUCUAAGCCUGAUGCGUUAGGGAGAAUGGUGAGGUGGGCUGUGGAGCUGUCUGAGUACGACCUCAUCUACCAACCUCGCACGGCCAUUAAGGCCCAGGCAUUGGCGGAUUUUAUAGCCGAAGGGGUCUCCUUCGGGCAACGGGGAUCACAGGUCGAACGGACCAGAGACACAGCUAAGGCCAAGCAGGUCGAGCAAGCCACCAAGACUUCCGAGGCCAAGCAGACCAUAGAUGCAGCCGAGGCCGAGCAGGCCGAAGGACCUGCCAAGGUCGGACAGGCCACAAGGGAAGCCCAGGCCACACGGAUCGGAGACGCAGCGGAGGCUGAACAGGCCAAAGAGGCUGUCGAGAUUGAACAGGCCACUGGCAAAGUUGAUCAGACCAUUCCGACCUGGACACUGUUCGUAGAUGGGUCGUCGAGCCAGGAAGGAUGCGGAGCGGGACUUCUCUUGACUAGCCCCAUGGGGGAUGAGUUGGCCUACGCCCUGAGGUUUGAUUUCAGGGCCUCCAACAACGAGUCCGAGUACGAGGCCCUGGUCGCGGGGAUGGUGAUAGCUCGGAAGCUGGGGGCCGAAUCAAUAGAAGUCUACAGCGACUCGCAGCUGAUAGUAAAUCAGGUAGGGGGAAGUUAUGAAGUCAAAGAAGAGCCACUAAGGAGGUACGUCGCAAAAGUGCAUGAGCUGAGAGUUCAGUUCAAAUUGUUCAUGCUCAAGCAGGUCCCGCGAAGCCAGAAUAAGAGGGCAGACGCACUGUCCAAGCUCGCCUCCACCUCAGUGGGCACAUUGAACAAAGAGGUCUUGGUGGAGGUCGUCAGGAGUCGGGCAUAUGAUCAGGUAGACGCGGCCGUUAUUCAAGUAGUGAGCUCCUGGAUGGAUCCCCUCGUGCGAUACCUGGCCAAUGGAGAGCUCCCCUCAAGUCGGGUGGAAGCACGACGGAUCCUUCUUAAAUCGCGGGGAUACGAGCUCUCGAAUGGGGUGCUUUACAAGAAAUCUUAUCUGCGUCCAUGGUUGAAGUGCGUGACUCCGGAGGAAGGAGAAUAUAUCUUGCGUGAGCUGCAUGAAGGUAUCUGCGGGAAUCACGUCGGACCAAGAGUUUUGGCCAAAAAAGGAAUGUUGUCUGGAUAUUACUGGCCCACUAUCUUCUUGGACUCUGCCGAACUAGUAGCUCGGUGCAAAUCCUGCCAACUGCACGCUCCGAUCCACCACGCCCCAACUCAGGAAAUGGUGCCUCUUCAGAGCCCUUGGCCUUUCUUCCAGUGGGGGAUAGACUUGCUGGGUCCGUUCCCCCGAGCUCCUGGGGGCUAUGAGCACGUGGUGGUGGCUGUGGACUACUUCACCAAGUGGGUGGAGGCCGAGCCCCUUACCACCAUCAGCAGCAGGUCGGUUCAGAAAUUUCUCUGGAGAAACAUUGUUUGUCGAUUUGGUAUACCUCGGGUCCUAGUCUCAGACAAUGGACGACAGUUCGCGGACAAUUCUCUCCAAGGUUGGUGCACGGAGCUCGGGAUCCGGCAGCACUUCACCUCGGUAGGUCAUCCCCAAGCCAAUGGGCAGGUCGAAAACGUUAACAGGACUAUCCUGCAUGGUUUGAAGACGCGGAUGGAGUCCGCUCGAGCUGGGUGGCUGGACGAGCUGCCCACCAUACUAUGGGCCUAUCGAACCACUCCCCGAACUGCCACUCAGGAGACCCCUUUCGUUCUGACCUAUGGAGCAGAGGCUGUGAUUCCUGCAGAGAUAGGCGUGCCUUCGGGCAGGGUUCAGAACUUCAUAGCUCAGGACAAUGAAGACGAGCUGCGUCUUAACCUGGAUUUGCUGGAAGGGAGGAGAGAAGAGGCGGCUAUACGCAUGGCUAAGUAUAAGGGACAGGUUGCGCGACACUACAAUGCUAGGGUGAGGCCCCUAUCUUUCAAGCCAGGGGAUCUGGUCCUGAGGAAGAACAGCGUAAGUCGGCUUCAGGGCACGGGCAAGCUGGAUCCAAACUGGGAGGGACCCUACAUGGUGAAGGAGGCAGACCGAGCUGGAUACUGCAAGCUAACUCACCUCAGCGGCGAGGAGGUCCCGCGUACUUGGCACAAUUCCAACCUGAGGAUUUUCCGUUAA